CCGUUUCGUUUGAUUGGUGGUUUCAAACGUAUUAUACAGCUGACAUACAAACGUAGAAUUUUAUUUAUACUGUUGUUCUGUAAAUAUUUCUUAGUUUUGUAAUAAAGUUGAUAUUGCGUCAAAUUAUGAAUAAUAUGUAUACUUAUAACGUUCAUGCUUGAAUAUUUGGGUAGAAGAAUAGAUACAAAAACGAGACAAAUUUUUUUUGUACUUUGUGUGUGUAUAUAUGGUUUUCUUCAAAAUUGAUAUCUAAACCUAAAUUUCACGUAAACAAUGACAUCGGAAAAAGACCCGCUUGUAAGCGAAAGAUCCGGAACUGUGCGAGAAGUCGGUAAUCAUGCAAUAUGGAGUUUAUCCUCUUGUAAACCAGGUUUUGGAAUUGAUCAGUUAAGGGAUGAUUGUAUGGAUACAUAUUGGCAGUCAGAUGGUCAAUUGCCUCACUUAGUGAACAUACAGUUUCAAAGGAAAACAAUGGUAUCUCACAUUUACAUAUAUACAGACUAUAAACUUGAUGAAAGUUACACACCAAGUAGAAUAUCCAUUAGAGCUGGAACUCACUUUAAUGAUUUGCAAGAAAUAGAAGUGAUCGAAUUGAUUGAACCCAGUGGAUGGGAAAUGAUACCAAUCAAAGAUAUUCAUGAUCGACCUAUUAGAACAUACAUGAUUCAAAUAGCUGUAUUGAGCAAUCAUCAAAAUGGAAGAGACACACACAUGAGACAAAUAAAAAUUCAUUCCCCUUGUGAACUAACAUCGUUCGAUAUUAAUAAGUUCAGAAAUUUUUCUACUGUACAAUUUCAACAAUAUACAACUAUUCGAUAAUACCUAUUUGUAAUAAAUAUUAAUUUUAAUCUCUUUUUGAUUAUAGUGAUUCAUUAUUUUCUUUAGUUCCUUUCUUUAUGUUGUGGUAAAUUGACAAAAACCUUAAUAUGAAUUUGAAAAAAUAUUUUCAUGUUUCUACUGUAGCAUUACACUUAUUGUGCAUUAAGGAGAAUAAAUAUAGAAAUGUAGUAAUAAAAA